CUUUUUUCCCUCUCUUCAAUCCUUCUAUAGCUCCACCGAGUAUUCGCUCAAUAACAACCACCACCUCGACGUGUAACAUGGACCUCGACAAGCCCUCCACCAACAACUCACGGAUAAUCCGCAACCCGCGGCGUCUCCUCAUCCUCUCACCCAGCUCGCAUUCCACGACCAUCAUCCCCCCUCUCCUCCACACCCUCACCGGCGCAGCCGUCACCGAGCCACCCUCUACAUCCGUAUCGACCCCUACAGCUACACCAGCCUAUACACACGAAACAGCUCUAUCCUCAACGACGACUCUAGUCGCCUCCUCCGCCUCCUCAAUCGCAACCGCAACCGCAACCGCAAGCCCUCCCCCAGCUACCCCCACCUCGCCGAAUACGACUACAACAACCAGCUUCGCGGGCUACACGACACAUCCUCCCCUCCCCAUCCAAAACCGCUACUACACGGCCGAAAUCCCCAUCUGGGUCGACGAGAUCCCCCUCUCAGCACCAUCCCAACCACAGCCCGCACCCGCACCCGCACCUUCAACCACGACCUCAACAUCCACCCCCACCCCAACACAAUGGCAAUCCGAAUUCUCCAGCCCAGAAGCCCAAGUCGUCCGCGACGCGAUCGGUGCAGUGCUCAUCUGCGCACGCAACCCAACCGAGCACCAUCCACCCCCUACAGCAGACAUGGCCAGCCCAAUGCCACCAAGCACAGCAACUCAUACACCCGAAGAAUCAGUAUUCCGCGCAGCAGAGGACCACCCCGACGUGGUAUCGCUGAAAGAAUUCAUCCGGGCGAUUGGGGAGGUGCGGGGGUUGAUUGAGGAGGAGAGGGGCGGGAUGGGCGUGGCGGAGGUGCCUGGGGUGUUGGUUUUGGUGGACUCGGCGCCGUCUUCUUCUUCUUCCUCUUCCAGUGGUGGUGCAGCCACGAAGGGUACGGGUAGGGCUGGGGGACUCGAUCUGGAUGAUGAUGGUCCGCUUGAUGGCGGGGAGAUUGACGAGCCGUUCUCUGUUGGGUGGUGGGAGGAUCAAUUGUGUGAGAUGGGGUUGAUGGGGUGGGAGGUUGUGCGGUGGUGUCCUAGGGAUUCGCAGGAUGAUCAGGGAAGGAAUCGCUAUGGAGAGUUGCAGGGUAUGCGGCGCGUGAAGGAGGUGCUGGAGACGCAUGAUUGGAGUGCCGCGGAGGAAGAUGCCGAGGAUAAAGGGAGUAUGGAUAUGGGGUUGGGCGACGAGGACGAUCUGGAGAGACGGCUGUUGGGGCUGGAUGACGCAGAGGACGGCGGCUUCGACUUCGAGGUGAACGAGCUCGAGCGCGAGAUGGUCGGCCUGCGUAUGGCUAUCGAGCGCGGCAGCGACGAUUACUUCGUCGAGGAGGCCGAGGCGGACGAGGAGCUGCGCGUUGAUGCCGUGGAGGCCUUGCUGCUGCGCAUGCGCGCUAUCAAAGAUAUGAGCGACGGGUUACCCGAAACGGAACGCAAGCGGUUCGCGGCCAAAGCCGUCCGCGACAUCAUGAGGGAGUUAUAG